AUGGCAGCACACUCACCCCCGUCACCAACCGCGCAACAACUACCGCCCAUCCCAUCGAGUCCAACCUACUCGUACGCGUCGACCGCGAACCCCCUCUCACAGUACAGCCUCCCUCCACCUCCACCACCCCGGCCCGCCCAUGCGGUGCUCACAAAAGCCGACCUGGAGCACUCCCAGGCCGCAUACGCCGACCUCCUCGCCAGCGCAAAAGCCUACCGCCUCGCCCUCGCCUCCCUCUCCACCGCCGCCUCCUCCUUCGGCUCCGCGCUCGAAUCAUGCGCUCGCCUCAAGGAAGCCCGCGCCGACGCCCUCCUCGCACCCCCACCCUCCUCUUCCGCCCCAAUGAGCAUGAGCAACAGUUUCACAGCCCACGCAGGCGGGCUGCCGACUUCCUCCUCCCCUUCCUCCACCUCCUCCUGCACGGCCGACACCCUCCUCACCGUCGCGGGCCUGCAGCACCUGGUCGCCAACCAUCAGCAUAUCCUCUCCGAAACGGUCUACCGCGCGUUCGAGGUGCCGCUGCUGCACGAGCUGGACAAGUGGCGGGGCGCGGUCGAGGACGAGGAGGAGCGGUACGCGCGCGCGGCCGCGGCGCAGGCGAAGGAGAUACGGCGGAUGGAGAAGGAGGGCCUAAAGAUGCAUCGGCAGGCGCGGCGGCGGGACGUUGGCGCGUUUAGGAACCAUCUCGUCGAGUUGACGGCUAUGUUGGAUGGGCUGACGGUGCUGCAUGGCGAGCACGCGCGGACGCUGCUCAGGGAGAGUCAGGAGACGAGUGCUAGGAUUGUUGAGGCUAGCUGUAGUCUGGUAAGGGCAGAGGUGGAUAUCUUUGAGAGCUUGGCCAGGAAAGGGUGGACGGGCGGUGGGUUGGAGGAGGUCCUUGAGAAGGGGACGGAUUUGUUCGCGGCCGAGAUGGAUCCGGGAGGCUUGGGCAAGGCAGGCGGCGGGACGGGCUUGUUCAGCAUCUUGCCGCCUAAAAGCAUUUUGGCAGACACUUCCGGGGCGGACACGAUACGAGGUGGAAAGGAUACCCGCUCCGACAGCCUGCUAGUUGACACGGAUCGAUAUCAGAGUUUAGCUGGGGCGGUGUCGUCGAGGGGGAGGGAUCGAGAUACGGACAGUAUCUUUUCGGAGUUUAACCGAUCGAGGAAUGUGCGGCCCUUCUCGCCGCAGCCGCAGCCGCUGAGGCUGAACCCGGAGGAUCUGCUUGGUCCGUUGGAGAAUGGCACUACUGCCGAAUCAUCGUUGUCCGGCUCUGGAAGAGGCGGGAGGCACGAUCAAGGUGGCAUGCCAGGUCGUGACGAAGGGCGUGCGGUCGAGGAUGACCAUGAGGACGACGCAGAGGCGCACCCCUGGCGUGACGAGGGGCUACGACGUGGGACGCCGUCAGACGACGAGAGUGAAAGCAAAGUUGGCGUAAGCCUAGGAGGCCAGCAGCAACGAGACGAGACGUGGAGCGUCGCAGAUGGAGAUACAUGA